ACGCAUGCGCGAAAGGUCUUGUCUUUUCCAACUAUCCAUUGUCCACUCCUUCUCCUUGAAGAGCUAGUGAGGAGCGAGGGGCCCUUAUUAUUACGCAGGCGUACUAGACUAAAUCACUACGGCCUGUGAAGCGCGACAUUUCUCCUCUUCCUCAUUUACGGCACAACACUGUACGACAACCAAGUUCCCUGUUUACGACUUGUACCGUGGGUUGUUUCGCUCGUUGCUCCGCGACGGGUCGUUUGUUGCUCUUUUCAUCCUCGAACCAAGGCGGCUUGGCUAAGUGAAGACUACUUUGUAUUUGCUAACUUGUACACAUCAUGGAGACAGAACAGGUUAUGGAGGGCCAGCCACAGUUGCAGGUUCCAGAAAAUCCUCAUGCAGAAUAUGGUCUUACAGAAAAUGUAGAGCGAAUAGUGGAAAAUGAAAAGGCAAGCGCAGAGAAAACAUCAAAGCAGAAAGUAGAUCUUCAGUCGUUACCUACACGUGCCUAUUUGGAUCAGACAGUUGUCCCUAUCUUACUACAAGGUCUUGCAGUGCUUGCAAAGGAGAGACCACCAAAUCCUAUUGAAUUCCUUGCAGCAUACCUGUUAAAAAAUAAGGCACAGUUUGAGGAUCGAAAUUAAUCUCAUCCUAAGAGGACCAUUUGACUGUUCAGCAUAUAUGCUAAAUAUCCAUGAAUCAUUGUCUGGUGUACCAGUUCUACAAAACAAAAAAUCUUAUUUACGCACCA